AUGGACACCAGAGCCAUCACUAGUAGUAAUAGCAGCAUAUUAACAAAACAACGUGCCGACAACACCGUCCCCGCAGUUGCCGGUGCGCUUCCCGUAUUCGGCCACGCCUUUCAAAUCAACAAGGAUCCGCUAGGCUUUAUCCAGAAAUGCAAGGCCGAGUAUGGUCCUGCAUUCAGUAUCAAGCUGGUCACCCAGGAACUUUACGUCCUCACCGGCAAAAUGAUUCCGGAACUCCUUAUGGCGUCCCGCAAAACUGUCAGCUUUUCCGAUGGUGUCGAAACUGUAAUGCCCGUCGAAAGAGUGAUGCGCUUAUCUUAUGAACACAAGCACACUGAAGAGGUCGUCAGCCCAAGGGACAAACAUCCCAUUGUAUAUCCCAUUAAACAAAAUUUCAAACCACAACAGAUUGAAGUCUUUUCCGACAGAAUCGAAAAGGCAUUUCAAGAAACGCUCAAAGAAGAAUUGUCGCUCAAGCGUGGUGAAAAGAAGCAGAUCGAGCCUUGGGAUUUCCUUUCGCAUGCUAUUUCAAGAAUCUCGUGCUUGUGCUUUGCUGGCAGUCGCAUUGGUACCGACAGAGAGUUGAUCGCUGCGAUGGCGACACUUACACAAAACAUUGUCAAGGCCGGUAUGCUCUUAACCGUCCUUCCGCCUUGUAUUGCUGAUAUCAUCGUCCGUCGCUACAUGUCUGUCGAACGCCAACUCGACUUGUUGAUGAAGCUACUCGUACCUUUGAUUAAAGGCCUCCGAUCUGGCGAAAUUCCCGAUGACGAGCCCACAUUUGUUAGCAUGACAUCGAAACUACCCAAAGCCGACGGUUCUAUGCGUUCUUCUGAAGAUGCAGCGUUUCAUUUUAAAGGAGUCGCAUUGGCUUCCAUUCAUACCACGAGCCACUUCACUACGUUUUGUCUUCAUGAAUUGGCAUGUAGACCGCAGCUUAUGACCGAGUUACGAACUGAAAUCAGUUCUCUGGAGAAACGGACACCGGAAACAGUCAGUCAUUUGCGAUUACUUGACUCAUUUAUGCGUGAAGUUUUACGAUACGAUAUCGACAACCUGGGUCUCCAUCACAUGGCUCUUCAGGACCUGGUCCUCUCUACAGGACAGAUUAUCCCCAAGGGAAGCUUAAUUGUAUGCGCACUAGAUGAAGCCCAUAAUGAUCCUGCGCUCGCACCACCGCAAGACAAACCAUUAGACGUAUUUGAUCCAUACCGAUUCAUGAACACUGCAGAAGAUAAAUGGUCAAGUACUAUUGGUAUUGACAUGAUUUCCUUUGGUCUUGGCGCACACGCAUGUCCUGGUCGUUAUUUUGCCGUAAAUGAAAUUAAAUACGUCUUGGCCGAGCUUUUGAUUAAAUAUACAUCUAUUCCUUAUCCUGGUGUUGAGAAUACCGACACACCUGCCAUUAAGCGUUCAUCGCUUAUUCUAGGCCCACUAUGGUUCGUACCAUUUCUUCGAAACACAGUUCUCCCAGUAAUCGAUCAAGGUUCGCCAUUUGAACCUCUGCCCAAGCGUGCCGGACAAUUUCUAGUGUUUCGCUGGGGAGUGCACGCUGCGAUCUUCUGUCGUUGCUAA